AUGGACCCUGUCUCCUUGUCCCUGGGCAUCGCGGGCAUCCUGCCUCUCGUCGCCACUGCAAUCAGUACCUGUAAAGAGUACAUUGACAACGUCAGAUCGGCGAGGAAGUCCAUUGCGACCUUAAUAACUGAACUUGAAGCUCUUCAAGCCAACGUGACUAAUCUUCACGAACUGCUAAAAAGCGAUUCAUUGAAUGAUAAUGCUCUUCGAUUCCACAACAGUUCCGUUCUUCUGACCUGUUCCGCGGCUUGUGAGGCCAAGCUGAAGGCCCUCUGCAAGCAGCUGGGCCAGGAAGGGAAGGGGACAAGGAGCCGCCUAUGGUGGCCUUUCAGCGAGAAGGAUUAUCAGAAGACGAUUCAGGAACUACGCAAUUUUAGCAACUGGAUGCAAUUUGCCUUGUCGGUCGAUGGCUGCCGGUUAUUAUCGCAGACGUCGGACGAUGUUUUAAAAUUGAUGGAAGAACAGCUGGAACAAUUCAAGACCGUUCAAGGACUUGAAGCAAGCACGCUUCGCAUUCUUGACGUUGUUACAGAUCAAAAGCGCACAAUACAGAAUAACAUCGAGCGAGAGAGGAGAAAGAGCAUUUUGAAUUGGAUAUCCACUUCGAGGCACUAUCAAAAACACAGGCUCAUUCAAGCGUCGAGAGCACAAAAUACUGGGACUUGGAUUCUCCAAAGAGAAGAAUUUGUUCAAUGGCGAACAAAAAGAUCGCCCUCGAAUGUUCUUGUCUGUCAUGGCAUUCAAGGCUCGGGAAAGACGAAUCUUGCCUCGAUUAUCAUCGAUGAACUUCUUGAGACAAACUCUAGCGAGACUUCACCAGUCGCGUACUUCUAUUUCGAUCAUCAAGAUCAAUCUUCUCAAAGUACAUCUGCAGUUUUAUGCAGUAUCCUGAGGCAGCUCCUAGAGCAGAUGACACGAAUCCCAAGUUCCGUCGCUGAAGUAUAUGAGAAGAACGGCCACAAAGAGUCAAUACCACUUAACGAGUGCGAGCGACUACUAAUAGACCUUGCUUUGGACAUGAGAUCAGUAUAUCUAGUGUUUGACGGACUUGAUGAAUCGGGACAUCGAAGGCCUUUUCUUCAGAGCAUACUGAAUGUGGCUCGAAGUGACCACGUCCGUUUGCUGGUUACCAGUCGACCGCACAUUCCCGAUCUUGUAAACCUGUUUCAACAACAUCCGAAUCUUAUGAUCGAGGCUCAUGAGGAAGAUCUCAAAACUUAUCUUUACCAGGAGCUCGAGCAAGGAGAAAUAUACAAUAUCGCGGAUCAAGAAUUUGUGAAUAAAUUGGUUUUGAAACUGACCAAGGGUGCAGAGGGAAUGUUUCUUCUCCCAGUCCUGCGACUCCGUAUCAUUCUCAAAGAGCCUACCCUAGGCGAGAUGGAGGACAGACUAGCAGAUCUUUCCCAUAGUCUCAACGACGCAUUCGCAGAUACCAUAUCCCGUAUCCAACGACUCCCCGAAAGCCGCAGCCGACUCGGAAUGGAUGCGCUGAAAUGGUUGACGCAUACAACAGAGGCAAUGAGGGAAGAGGAACUUAGCGAUGCCUUGGCUGUUCACAAAAAGCAGAGCGCAGUCAACGUAAAGUAUCGUCCAACUACAAAGACCAUUCUCGAAUGCUGCCAGGGCCUUGCGACCGUCGAUGCAGACGGCUGUGUACGACUUGCCCAUUAUGCCAUUCAGGAGUACUUAACAGAGAACUCGGAAGAUCUCUUCCCACGAGCCGAAGCAACACUUGCCGUGACUUGUCUUCGCUACCUUGUCUUUGAGACCUUCCAGGACGGGCCUUGGACAACCGAGACUGAAAUUGAGUCGAAGAUGGCGACAUACCCUUUCCUCGACUGGGCUGCCAGGUACUGGGGACAAUUCACGCGGCGAACAGAAACUGAUGCCGAGGUGUGGUCUGCCCUGCUGAAUUUCUUCUCCUCCCCCGUUGCCCCGGCAGUGACAAACCAGGUGCGACAGUUGUCGAUGGGUUUGAUCGAGGGUUAUUGGAGAGCGAGCGAGUGCAAGAGCUUCACAGCUCUUCAUCAUGCGUCGCGAGAGGGGCUUGAGCGGGCAGUGGAUUGGCUCUUAGAAAGAGACACAUUCAGCGUCAAUGAGCGGACGCGAAUGGGUGCUACGCCCGUGAUCAUGGCCGCCGCCGACGGGCAUCUACAGACGACUCGAAACUUGCUGGCCUACGGCGCUGACCCACUCCUGGAGAACUGGUACGGUAACGCGCUACAAUGUGCCAUCGAGGCGAAUUGCGUUGCCACGGUACGCGAGCUGGUCCGCUGGGGAAUGGAUCCCAACGCCCCCGGGAAAGACGGGCGCGGUUAUCUGAAGUAUGCACUGGAUACCGACUCAGCCGGCGCCUUUGCUGCCCUCGUCGAGCUGGGGGCUGAUAUUGAGUCGCAGUGUAAGGGCGACCCUCAUGGUCAUCUCUUCUUCACUGCGGCAUCGUGGGGCUGCACCGAGGUUGUUGCGCUGAUGCUGGACCGAGGGUGGGCCGAAAUUGAGAUGAGAAAUCCCGGCGGGCUCACAGCACUGCACUGUGCCGUUGCGGCCAGCAAAAUGACGACGACAAGGAGACUGCUUGAUGCUGGGGCCAAUGUCGAUGCGAUGGAUCUGAAGAGGCGUACUGCGCUGGAGUAUGCACAAGCCAAGGGUAACAAGGCUAUGGCGAGGCUGUUGCUGGCCGCAGGAGCCACGCCCCGGGGUGAGAAUCGUGUGUCCGGGAGGGCGACGAGGGCGACUCGAUGGAUUUAA